UUCUGACACUCAUAGAGCCUUAUGAUAUUGCUCACUUCGAAUUCGCGGCGUUUACAUAGGAUGAAGUUUUAAGCAGCGUUUUAAGACAAUCUGUAAUGGUUGCCCUCAUGUAAAUGACGUGCUGAAGUUGAACUUCUCACAUGAAACAUAAUCUACACUGACCGACAGACAGGAGAAUUUGGUAAACUGUAGAGGGGCAGCAACCAUGGUGCAGAAGUACCAGUCCCCAGUGAGGGUCUACAAGUACCCCUUUGAACUGGUCAUGGCGGCAUACGUGCGGCGGUUCCCGAGCUGCCCUCUCAUCCCCAUGUUUGUGUGUGGUGAGGUGGUCAGGGAGGAGGAGAGCGAUGACGGCGCCACACACCGCGUGGAGAGACGCUGCACUGUGGACGUGGACGCUCCACGCCUGCUCAAGAGGAUUGCAGGUGUAGACUACCUGUACUUCGUUCAGAAGAACACUCUGGACAGGAGACAGAGGACCCUGCACAUCGAUGCACACAACGAGACCUUCUCCAAUAGAGUUAUUGUGCAGGAGCACUGCAGCUACACGGUCCACCCAGAAAAUGAAGAGUGGACGUGUUUUGAGCAGUCGGCGAGUCUGGACAUCAAGUCGUUCUUUGGCUUUGAGAACACAGCUGAGAAGAUCGCCAUGAAGCAGUACGCCAGCAGCAUCAGCAAGGGUAAGGAGCUUAUAGAGUAUUAUCUGAAGGAGUUGGCAGACGAGGGCAUUACCCACGUGCCCCGGUGGACCCCCCCCCUGGCCGCCUCCUCGCCCCCCCAGCUGCCCGUGUCCUGUGCGCGCCCCAUACCGCCCCCUGGUGAUCGCAAGGACAACCUCUCAGACACCCUGCCUGGCUCCCCAGACGAUAAACUGGAUGCCGACUACAUCAGGCGUUACCUGGGUGAGCUGACGCCACUGCAGGAGAGCUGCCUCAUCCGCCUCAGACAGGGCCUACAGGAGACUCACAAGGGCAAGAUCCCUAAGGACCAGCACGUGUUGCGCUUCCUGCGCUCGCGGGACUUUAACCUGGAGAAGGCGCGCGAGGCCCUGUGCCAGACGCUCACCUGGCGCAAACAGUUUCAGAUCGACCUGCUGCUGGACAGCUGGCGCUGCCCGCAGCUGCUGCACGACUACUACACCGGAGGCUGGCAUCACCAUGACAACGACGGGCGUCCUCUCUACAUCUUACGGCUGGGGCAGAUGGACACAAAGGGAUUGGUGCGUGCACUGGGGGAGGAGACUAUACUGAGACACGUCCUGUCCAUCAAUGAAGAGGGGCUCCGGCGCUGUGAAGAAAACACCAAUGUCUUUGGCAAGCCAAUCAGCUGCUGGACGUGUCUGGUGGAUCUGGAGGGCCUGAACAUGCGUCACCUGUGGAGGCCGGGAGUGAAGGCCCUGCUGCGCAUCAUCGAGGUGGUGGAGGCCAACUACCCCGAGACGCUGGGCAGACUGCUCAUCCUGAGGGCCCCCAGAGUCUUCCCUGUGCUCUGGACACUGGUGAGCCCAUUCAUCGAUGAGAACACGCGCAGGAAGUUCCUGAUCUACGCAGGAAACGAUUUCCAGGGUCCCGGAGGCCUGCAGGAGUACAUCAGCCCACACGUCAUACCAGACUUCCUGGGGGGAGAGAGCCUGUGUGAGGUUCCUGAGGGCGGUCUCGUGCCCAAGUCUCUGUACCGGACGGCUGAGGAGCUGGAGACAGAAGAGGCCCGCAUGUGGACCGACACCAUCUACAAGAGCGCCAGUGUCCUCAAGGGGGCGCCACACGAGGUUCUGAUCAAGAUCAGUGAGCCCUCGUCGGUCAUCACCUGGGACUUCGACGUGUGUAAAGGCGACGUCGUCUUCAACAUCUUCCACUCGCGGCGCACACCCCAGGGGUCACACACACACGCACACGCCCCCCCGGGCGCCGCCGGCAACAACACACAGCUGAUCGACAGGUCGUGGGUGCUGGGUCAGGACUACAGCAAGGUGGAGACGGCACUCACCUGCAGAGAGGGGGAGAGUAUACAGGGCACUCACGUGACUCGCUGGCCUGGGUUCUACAUCCUGCAGUGGCGUUUCCAUGGCAGCGCGGCGGCGGCGUGCUCGGGGUCGAGUCUGGCGCGCGUGGACGAUAUGCUGGCCUCCCUCCAGGGGGCGCCACACCGCUGCAGGGUUCUCUACUACACAGAGGUGCUGCAGUCCCGCGACUUCAGGGGUUCCAUGUCCAGUCUGGAAUCCAGUCACAGUGGCUUCUCCCAGUUCAGCUCCGCCACCACCUCCUCUAGCCAAUCACAGUCCAGCUCCACCCUCUCCAGGUAGUAGCAGACCAAUCAGAAGCCAAGUAGGAGGUGGAGUGACAGCCAGUCUGGACUAUGGAAGAAGCAUGAAUCAAAUGGACUGUAUAGAUAGACGGCUCACACACACACCACACACAUGCUCAUUCUUACACACACACACACACUCAAAUAGCCAAUCGUCUAGCCUAGACCAACUCUUCUGUCAACUGCCCGGUGCAUUAGUUAUAUAUUUGUAUUAAAAUGGACUCAACAUGGACAUCACCCAGCAGUCACCAAUUAAUUCUCAAAACGCUCUAAAAAGGAGUCGGCGCUUCUGACUCUUUCCUCUCUGUUGUUUUAUGUUGUCAUGCUAUAUACUGUGUGGACUUCUUUUCUUAUGCAUAAUUGGACACAUGUUUGUCCUGGACCUGGAAAGUGCACAAUGACCUCUUCUAACUGUACAUAUUAAAUCACUCUCUCUCUCUCACACACACACACACACACACACAGCCAAUCUUUUAGCCUAGAUCAACUCCCGUCAACUCCCAACAUGUAUUUGUUGUAUAUUAUAUUAAAAUUGUAUAUUUUUUGUGCAGACUGUGGUUUUAUAAAUCUUUUUAUACAACAA